AUGCGGGGGUUAAAUAUGUCAGCCUCUCAACGAGAAAUUUGCCAGGUAGAUCAGUCGGAUGACGAUCGUCGUCCAAGUUGUAUCUCGACAGUAACAGGUGUACAAUACGUGAAAAUGGAUUUGGAUCAUUUAAUGAUAAUCACACUGAUAUUGCUUGACACAGGUUUACAAGCAUCGGAUGCAUCUGAGUGGGGAUAUUGGGGCAAAUAUGGACCAAACAAUUGGCCGGGGAUAUGUACGACGGGAAAGAAGCAAUCGCCGAUAAAUAUCGCGACGGAAGAUGCUGAAAGAAUUGAUCUUGGCGCUCUCAAAUUCAAUCGAUACGAUUUCGCGUUUUCUGGAGACUUAAUUAAUACUGGACAUUCUGUCCAAAUUCGGCUGCAUGGAGUGCCAAUUCAUCUCAGCGGCGGGAGUCUGUCAUCGGUGUAUGUUUUGGAGCAAAUGCAUUUUCACUGGCCUGCCGAGCAUACCGUGGACGGUUUACGUGACCCAUUGGAAUUGCAUUUAGUGCAUUACGACGAGCAAUACGCUAAUUUCAGCGAAGCCGCGCAAAAAGAAAACGGGAUUGCCGUCGUUGCCGUUUUAUUUAAGUUGGACAAUUAUGACAAUCCUGAACUGAUGCCAAUCGUGGAAACGGCGGAAAUGGUGUCGAAUUGGGUAGGACACAGCAUGUUGGAGAUAAGAACUAAACUAAUACCUUUAUUGUUUCUACCGAAAGAUCAUACAACAUAUUAUCAUUAUGAGGGAUCUUUAACUACACCGAAUUGCCAGGAGUCUGUAAUGUGGUUUGUUAUGACGGAGAAGCUCACAGUAUCAGAAGCACAGCUGAGCGUAUUUAGACACAUAGAGAGCAGCAAUGGCACAUUAAAGUUCAAUUAUAGGCCUAUUCAAAAACUCGGCAAUAGAAAGGUAUACCAUCGUCUGGAGGGAUAUGUCAGCGCAUCCUCGAGUAUCACCUAUAGCUUUUAUACGGUUUUCAGUAUUCUUCUAGUCAGACUUUUACGCGAGGACUUCUAGUUUGAAAUAGCUAAGUGCCAAAGUCGAAUUUAAUUGAUGUUACAAUGUGUACAACGCGAUGUGACUG